AUGGACAUUCGAGAAUCGUCCUUGGGCGAGAGUAAUCCUCUUCUUGUAAGGAAUCGAUUGGGGAGAGAUGUUUCGAGGAAAGUAAAUGCCGUGAACUUAGUCGAUGGAGAAUCGGAAUCUGAGCAGACCGAAUCAUCGAGUAAUGGCCAUAGUAUCACAGAACCCACUAAUUCACGAUACGGCACCGCAAAAGAUAAUGUAUCGUCUUCGACGAACUACGAAGAAGUCAUAUAUGAUACUGUGUCGUCUAUACUAUCUAAAGUGUUUCAGUUGUUGAGUCUCGUUUAUGAGACUAGUCAUAGAGUUUACAUCAAGCAUAGGGAAAGAAAUGCGGCAGCAAGAAUAGAUCACCCAUUAGAUGAGAUAAUUGAAGAUGUACAUAGCGAAGAUCGUAAUGUGAAGAGCGAUACUGAAGAAAGCGUGGUCAUAGUUGAUGUUAGGAACAAACCAUCGAACAACGUAUUUGAACCAUUGCUACAAUUUGACGAAGACGAAGAUGUCAAUGAAAAUGAAUCUCAUCAAUAUGGUACGAGUUUGUCAAUUGCAAAAUAUUCUAAAUUUACUUCUAGUAGAUCAUAUACGCCGAUAGUAUUUAAUGGAUAUUCUCAGACUACAACGAAGCCUGAUGUUUCGAAUUUGGACAUUCUUGAACCCUCUAGAACAAAUGAUUAUGAUUCCUAUGUAUCCAAGUUUUACCUACCACACGAGCCAAUAUCAAAAAAUAAGUAUUCCUUAGUGGAUACCCUCAUAGAUAAUUUCUUUGUUGAUGGCAUAUCUGAUAUCUUUAGGGAAAGAAAAGAGAGACAAAAGUUAAUUUCAAAAGAAAGGGAGUUCUUGAAAACUAGAUUAGUUCCAUUGUCUAAGGAACAUCUACUAACAGUGAAUAAAUGUUGGAAUCAGCCUCCAGGCUCUGUGGUUUCAUCUGCAUUUCAAAUUGAAAUUAUCACUCGAGAUUUGCAAACAUUAUGUGAUGGACAAUGGCUAAAUGAUAACGUAAUAGACUUCUACUUCAACUUAAUAACAGCCAAAAAUCAAUCUGUCUUUGGUUGGACUACACAUUUUUUUACAACUCUAAAGCUGAAAGGUUACCAAGGUGUCGCGCGUUGGUCCAAACGUAAGAAGGUGAAUGUCACAGAAAAAGACUUGAUUUUAGUUCCAAUAAAUAUCAUGGGCACACAUUGGGCGUUAGCUGUUGUAAACAACAAAGAAAAAAAGUUCCAAUAUUUUGAUUCUUUGUCUUCUAAUGGUAAUUUGCAAGCAUUACAAAUACUCAAAAGUUACAUGGUUCAAGAAGGCAAAAAGCAAAAUUCAUCUAUAGAUUUUGAGAAAUAUUCAUUAAUGAAGAAUAUGCCAAGCCCCCAACAACUGAAUGGAUUUGAUUGUGGCGUGUUUGCAUGUAUAUGUGCAAAAUAUGUAGCCCAGUGGAAAGAGUUAUCCUACGGGCAAAAGGACAUGAAGCUUAUCAGAAGAAGAAUGGCAUACGAAAUCAUUACUAAAGACUUGCUAGAUUAA